UGAGAGAAUGGUGCACCUUAGUGUCCGUAGGUGCGUGAUAUUAUCCGACUCUGGUUUUAUAUUCUUGCAACUUUAAUGCUACUUAGUUUACGAGGGUGUAUGCGCAAAGUUCAACGUGUCUCCUUUGCGGUUCCACAAUACAAAUGGCUUGGAUUAUUUUCCCGCAUCUGCACGGGACUGGCGCUGCUUUUGUUCUGCUUGCGGUGAUUCUGACAGGUGAUGCAGUUUCGCAGGUUUUUGACAGCUAUGGAUUAUCAUACGCCUUGAGGUCUGAGCUGUCAGAGGACACGAUAUUGGUUGCCAAUAAUGGGAUCCGCGUGCCUUUCGGGAGAUCAGUUUUCAUUGAUCCCAUCAACGAUUUGGUUAUACAGGUUCAGCCAGGCGAUAGAUGCAGCAUAACGGUUCUGGACAAUGAUCCCUUAUCUCAAAGGCCUGGACACCUGUCUCCGAAAAAGUUUCCGUGUGAAUUCGGCCCCAACGACGUGAAGUAUUCUCACUUUGGCUCCAGGAGUCCUCCGAGGGAUAGAGUGCGAUUACAACUCAGGUAUGACACCCAAACGGAUACGAUUAUAAUACCUUUUAUGAUGGAGGUGGAAGUCAUUUUCACACAGCUGGAAGUGCUUACCAAAAACAUGCCACUUACUGUCGAGAAACUGCUUGGCACGAGUAACCCCAUCGAUAGAAGAAUUUUAGAAUUCACCUAUGAUAAAAGUGCAGCACAAUGCAAAAUAGGCUCUCUCUCCAGUGGCAGCGUGCUCCCCAGGUACGGGAAACUUGUGGAUGAGGACAGCCUUGGAACAAUGUUGGACUGUGAUGAAUUUAUUAAAAUGAACAUCCGUUAUCAACAUACUUUUGCUUUGAAGUCACCAAACAGAGAUUACAUUCCAAUGCUUGUGGAGUUACAUGAUAAGGAAGGCAAUUUGCUAAAGCAGGAAUUUUUCCAAAUUUUGGUAAGGAUUAAAGAGGGAGAGGAUAACAGUGCUCCUAAACCCAGCUUUGUUGCAAUGAUGAUGAUGGAAGUAGACCAAUUUGUAAUGACAGCAAUAACUAUGGAUUUUCUGGCUGCAGAGGAUGUAGAGUCUAAUUCUGAUGAAUUAAUUUUUAACAUCACUUCCACCCUGUCCUUUGAGGAGGGCUACAUAGUGAGCACCGAUGAUAGGAAUUUACCAAUAACCUCAUUUUACCAAGGAGACCUCAAAGACUUGAAAAUUGCCUAUAAACCCCCUGCUGUGGAUUCAGACACUGAGCGGAUUUUCCAGAUUGAGUUUGAGGUUGUGGACACAGAGGGGGCUGUGUCAGACCCUUUUGCUUUCAUGAUUGUUGUUAAGCCUAUGAACACGUUGGCCCCUGUGGUGACUAGGAAUACUGGCCAGUUACUGUAUGAGGGUCAAUCCAGGCCUCUGUCCAGUUCACAGAGUCUACAAAUCAGUGAUGAGGACGGUUUGGACAAAGUCAAAAUCACUGUUAUUGAUGGGCUGAGGCAUGGAGAAUUGAGUGUUCUUGGCUUGAGGAGGAAAUUCUUCACCCCGGCUGACCUUGAUGCUGGAUUGGUCAUUUAUCAACAUGAUGGCAGUGACACAUACAGUGAUAAUAUAAUUUUCAGAAUGACAGAUGGCAAAAAUGAGGUUGAGUUUCUGUUUCCCAUCACUGUCGUGCCUACUGAUGACGAGCCUCCCAUAAUCAAUGCCAACACUGGGUUGGUUUUAUUUAAAAACCAAAUGAUGCCAAUCUCCUCACUCAUGCUCAGUGCAGCAGACAUUGACUCAGAAGAUUCUUCAAUAAAAUUCACAAUAGAGCCUCCCUUUUCCACGAUUGGACAGGUGAUGCUGCGUCAGUCUGAGGCCCCAGAGGACCCAUCAGACUGGAAGUUUAAUACAGAGGAUGAAUUGUAUGAGAAAGUAAUAAGUGAAUGGCUGCAGCAGGAUAUUACCGAUGGAAAACUGUUUUACAAGCACAUUGGGCCUCACAGUGCUAGCACAGUUAUGGAUCAGUUUGUGUUUAGAGUUCAAGAUGACAAUGACCCACCAAACCAAUCUGGAGACAGCUCAUUUAUUAUCAAAAUUCUCCCCGUUGACGACGUCGCACCUGAACUGUACCCCGGCACCACUCUGCAAAUGACUGUGCACGAGUAUCAGCUUACUUACUUCAGAAAGAAAUUCCUCCGUUACACUGACCUGGACUCAGAGGAUCGGGAUCUCAGAUACACAGUCAUCCAGCCACCGACGGAUACUGAUGAGAAUAGUCCUGUUGUAUUGGGAACUUUGGUAUUAACUGAAAAUCCGAACACUGUAGUCACAAUUUUCACUCAGGCACAAAUUAACCACCAUAAAAUAGCUUACAAACCGCCUGAUUUAGAACUUGGAAUCACCAGUCAUGUUUUGCAGUUUCGGUAUACUGUGGAGGAUGUUUCUGGAAAUGUUGUAGAAGACGUUUUCACUAUAUUUUUAAAGCCUGUAGACAACAAUCCCCCUCAAAUAACCAACUCUGGAUUUACUGUGCUUGAACGCGGCACACAUAUCAUUACUAGUGCUGAGCUGGACACCUCAGACACAGACACAGACAGCAAACAGAUAUCUUUCACUAUUACUCAGCCUCCAUUGCACGGCCAGAUUCAGUUCACAUUCACUGAUAUGACAAAAGGGGACACUUUCAGCCUAGAGGAUAUUGGAAAUGACAGGAUUUCAUACAUCCAUAAUGGAGAUGAAUCAACAGUUGAUUCAAUACAAAUAGAUGUCAGUGAUGGUGUCCACAUUGUCCCAAUUACUAUAAGGAUUAUUGUGAAGCCGAUUGAUGAUGAAACUCCAACUAUCAAUCUCCCAGCUGGCACACUUGGUUCUUACAUAGAUGUACUGGAAAAUGGAGCAACGGAAAUCACAAGUAAUGUAAUUCAGGGACGAGAUGAGGACACGGAUGACCUCCGCUUGACCUUCAUUGUGGAAGACCCACCAUCAUUAGGUGAAAUUCUGGUGAAAGGCGUACCCUUUGGCACAUUCACCCAAUCUGAUAUUAUUAACGGCUUUGUGGUCUAUGCUCAUACCAGUGGGGAGAUAGGCUUGACCACAAGGGAGGACAUUUUUAAUCUCACUUUGACGGACAUGUCUGAUGAGUGGACUGUAGGAGGAAAUAAGAUCACCGGUGUCAGAGUGCAUGUAACUAUUCUUCCCCUGGACAGCCAAGCUCCAGAGGUCUUUGUGGGGCCAAUGUUCACUGUUGUUGAGGGAGAGAAGAAUGUCAUUCAAGUUGUUCAUAUAAGCGCUGAUGAUGCAGACACCUCCAACGACGACCUCCUUUGUACAAUCAUUGUACAGACGACUUCAGGAUAUGUGGAAAAUAUCUCCCCUUCCCCAGGCUCAGAGAAAUCCAGGUCUGGGACUGCAAUCAGUGCUUUCACCAUCAAGGACAUCAGACAGAAUCACAUUUAUUAUGUUCAAAGCAUUCACAAAGGAGUCGAGCCAGUGGAGGACAGGUUUACGUUCAGAUGCUCUGAUGGCAUCAAUUUCUCUGAAAGGCACUUUUUCCCCAUCUCCAUAAUCCCCUCUAAUGAUGAAAAGCCCGAGGUUUACAUGAGAGAGUUUGUAGUUAUGGAGGGCAUGAACAUAGUCAUUGAUACUCCCAUUCUGAAUGGUGCUGAUGCAGAUCUUCCUUUGGAUCAGUUAACAUUCAUUAUUACCAAAACCCCCAAGCACGGAUUUAUUCUCAAUCAGCUCACUACUGGAACCAUCCCUGUCUCUAACUUCACCUUGGAUCAGAUCAGGGAGGCCUCUAGCAUUGUGUAUGAGCACGAUGACUCAGAGAGCACAGAGGACAGCUUUGAUAUUGUGCUCACAGACGGAAAGUUCAGUGUAGAGAAAACUAUAAUAGUUAUGAUUAUCCCUGUGGACGAUGAGACCCCGAGGAUGGCAAUAAAUGAUGGCCUUGAAAUUGAGAUAGGGGAUGUGAGAGUCAUAAACAGCAAUGUUUUAAAAGCUACCGAUCUGGACUCAGAGGAUGACAUGCUAACUUAUAUUAUUCGCUAUGGGCCUGGCCAGGGAUAUUUACAGAUGGCAACACCUUUUGGCACAUUGCAAAAUAUCACAGUUGGAAUGAAUUUUACACAGAAUGAAGUUGAUCAGGGUUUAAUUGUAUACAUCCAUAAUGGGCAAGAGGGGAUUCGAGACCUCAUCAAAUUUGAUGUGACGGAUGGCAUCAACCCUUUGAUUGACAGAUACUUUUAUGUCACAGUGGGUGGCAUUGACAUGGUUUUCCCAGAUGUUAUCAGUAAAGGUGUAUCCCUUAAAGAGGGUGGGAUGGUUUCUCUGACAACAGACCUGCUUAGCACAAGUGACCUCAACAGCCCAGAUGAACACUUGGUUUUUACAAUCACCCGAGCUCCCAUGAGAGGACACCUUGAGUGCACAGACACACCUGGGAUGCCCAUCUCGUCCUUUACACAGCUCCAGCUGGCUGGCAACAAAGUCUACUACAUCCAUACCUCUGACGAUGAAGUGAAGAUGGAUAGCUUUGAAUUUGAAGUGACUGAUGGCUAUAACCCUGUGUUCCGCACUUUUCGCAUCUCCAUCACUGAUGUGGACAACAAAAAGCCUGUGGUGACAAUACACGGCCUGGUGGUAACUGAGGGGGAGAACAAACUUAUCACGCCUUUUGAGCUUACAGUGGAGGACAGAGACACCUUUGACCACUUGUUGAAGUUCACAGUCACUCAAAUCCCAGUUCAUGGUCGCCUGCUCUUUAACAACACCCGGCCUGUCACCUCUUUCACAAAGCAGGACCUGAAUGAGAACAGGAUCAGCUACAAGCAUGAUGGCACAGAGAGUGCAGAGGAUAGUUUCUCCUUUACUGUAACUGAUGGCACCCACACAGACUUCUUCAUCUUCCCCGACUCAGUUUUUGAGACUCGAAAGCCCCAAAUGAUGAAGAUAACAGUCCUCCCCGUGGAUAAUGGAGUACCGCAGAUUGUGGUGAACAAGGGUGCCCCAACAUUGCGGGUUCUGGAGACUGGUCACCUGGGGUUUGUGAUCACUAGUAAGACCCUUAGAGCAGAGGACAGAGACAGCAUCCAAAAAUCUGUGACCUUUAGGAUUACUGUCGCCCCAGAACACGGCUACCUGAUCAACCUCGGCAAGGGAAAUGCCACUAUCUCCAUCUUCACGCAAGCUGAAAUUAACGACAUGAACAUAUGCUAUGUUCUGAGAGAUGGUGACAAUGCUACAAAUGACAUCUUCUAUUUCUCCAUCGAAGACAGCG